UACCUCACCAAAUUGUAUCUCAUGUAAAAGAAGUUCAUCUUCUGUUUAAUGGAAACGAAACAAUGGUGUCCAGGAAGGCCCCGUGGUUAAGUGGAAUGGAAGAGUAAUUCUACCCGGAACGACUCAAUCUAACUUCGUUGUAACUCGUGGUGGUCGAUUUAUUGUUGUUGAGUUUGACUUUAGACUCGUCAUAAAGUGGGACGGAAUUGACAGAGUUCGAAUCCACGCGUGGCAAGAACUGCGUGAGCAAGUUGAGGGUUUGUGUGGCGAUUUUGACGAUGACGCGUCAAACGACUUCCGUACAAGCUGGGGUGAAGUGACGACAAAUCUAACAACAUUUGUGAGAAGUUGGGAAGCAUCAGGAUAUAGUGCAGAGGGUUGCUUCCUCCCCCCUCCUGCCAAUGCAUCAGAUAUUUGCCCAAGUCAAGACGCAUUGCAAAGAUUUGGUCGUGAGUGUUCCGUUCUCAUGAACAGAACUGGCCCUUUCGCCGACUGCCACACACAAGUUAACCCUUGGAGUUCUUUCCGCGACUGCUUGUUUGAUCUUUGCGCCACAAAUGGCAGUUCUGCGCUAAAAGAUCGGAUUUUUUCGUCCUACACAACUGACUGCUUGGGAGCAGAUAGACAACCUUCAGAUGACUGGAGACAAGUUGCUGAUCUGCCUGUGAACUGCCCACCAAAUCAGCAUUACAAUGUAUCUGCACCACCAUGCCAACCAUCCUGUACUGACCCUCAUGCCACUAACUGUAAUAUUAGUGACAGUAUUGAUUCUACUAAUGUAGAAGGUUGCCAGUGUAACGAUGGCCACAUACUAUCUGGCCUUGAAUGUGUAAGAAGGGAAGAAUGUGGUUGUUUGGUCAAUGGAAUUUAUGUUACAAGAGGAUUUGAGUGGCGAACAGAAGAUUGUAGCAUGGACUGUGUGUGUUUGGGGUUAAACGGCACGCAGUGUGUCCCUGCACCUACAUGUCCUAAGAGAUCAAGAUGUCAAGUGGACAGCGAUGGAUUUAGACGAUGUGUUAUGAGACCCAGGAGGAGAGCAACCUGCAAAGCUGUAACUGACCCACAUUAUAUGACGUUUGAUAAAACAAGAUUUGAUUCUAUGGGCAUGUGUUCAUAUAUCAUGGUCAGAACUCGUUCAAAUUCAACAGCAGAGCCUUUCAGAGUAGUUGCAGUAAACGAACAGCCGGCUCCUAAUCUUAUUGUUUCUCAUGUGAGAGAAGUAUUUGUGGAGUUUCGUGGAAAUCAAUCGAUGCGGUUCAUGGCGGGGCCUAACAUCACUUUAAACGGGGUAAAUGUGAACCCCGGUUAUGACCGAGAUGGAAUUCGUAUUCGAGUUGUUGGAAGGUUCUGGUUGGUUGACUUUAAUUUCAGUUUAACUAUUCGUUGGGAUGGCCAAGACAGAAUCCGAAUAUCGGUUUGGGCACCACUGCGUUACCAGGUUGAAGGGGUGUGUGGAAACUUCAAUGAUAAUCCAAUUGAUGAUCUAAUGACACCUAGUGGGGACGUGGUAACUAAUUACGACCAGUUUGUCGACUCAUGGAUCGUGGAAGGAUAUGGAGCUGAGGGUUGUCCUGUGGUAGGACCUUCCGAUUUCCCAACCCAACCACUUCCGAUUGCCUGUGCUGAUCCUGUAACUAGGAGUCGUCAUCACAAUUCCUGCUACCCUCUCAUCGACCCAGAAGGCCCCAUGCGCGACUGCCAAGCCAUCGAAAAUGCCACGGCAGCGUAUCAUUCGUGUUUGUAUGACCAGUGUGCGUUUGACGGAGACAAGGAGCAGAAGGAACGAGUCAUGGCUUCAUAUGUUGAAAACUGUGUUGAAACUGAUGAUGAGGACAGAGCUACCAGUGACAACAACACAACUGGAGCUAUCAUACCACCUGUGUGGAGACCAGCUGCUAAUUUAACUGAUCCUGAAUGCCCACCCAAUUCUCACUUCAGUUCAUGCAUCCCACAAUGCCAACCCACAUGUAAUGACCCCAAUAUGACUUCAUGUGUUAGCAUGUCUCAACUUGGUCACCAAUGUGUAGAAGGUUGUACUGCAAACACAGGAUAUAUAUUGUCUGGUUCUACUUAUGUGAGAUAUGAACAGUGUGGAUGUACAUUGGAUGGCGUAUACUACAGGAACGGAGAGCGAUUUUUAACAAGUGGCUGCACAUCAAGAUGUUCUUGUGUGGAUGGAAUUCUAUCUUGUAACCCUGAUAACUGUGGUGAAUUAGAAUGUCGAGCUAAUGGGAUGGGAGAACUUGCAUGUUUGCCAUGGAGGACGAAGCGUUGUGAAGUCAGCGGCAACUUACAUUUCUUGACGUACGACACUCAAGCAUACAACCUCAAAAGACCAUGUUCAUAUACCCUUACCCAGUCUUUAUACCCCAAUGGUUUUUCUGUCAUUUUAACAACUGUACAGGAAAAUACCUUUACCAGAAUGCAUAUGGUCACUGUUGCAUUGCCAGAAUACAAUGUUAAUAUUACACUGAAUAGAACACCUAUGGGUGCUAUGUUUUUGAUAAAUGGACGACCAUAUCAAGAAUGGACAUCCCCAAAUACAGGAACACCAAAUGUGGUCGUACAACGAAAUGGUUUAUUUAUUACCAUAACUACUGUUAGGGGUCUGGGUGUUGAGUUUGAUGGCCAUCAGUUAAGAGUUACUUUACCAGUCACUCAUUCAAACAUGGUAAAUGGUCUAUGUGGAAAUAUGAAUGAAAUAUCUGCAGAUGAUUUCCUGCUACCCGAUGGUAGCAGUCCAGGUUCUGCUGCUGAGUUUGCUGUUCAACAUGAAACAGAAACAUGCACGAUGGCUGAUGAACCAACCAUACCUACAUGUACAGAUAAUGACAGACUUUUGUGGGCAUCUAACUCAAUGUGUGGCAUGUUAAGAGAUAGAAAUGGACCUUUAAAACCAUGUGUGACAGUUAUUCGAUUUUCAACCACCAUGAGACAUUAUACACAAUGCAUUGAUGAUAUGUGUGCAAGCCAAGGAAGCAACACAACGCUUACUGAGGCAAUUGAAUCAUAUGCCCGUGAAUGUUUAUCACAAGGUGUGCAAGUUUGUAACUGGAGGCAAGCAAUACCAUCACGGUCGUCUAAUUUCACCAUGUGUGCUUCGAACUCACAUUAUAAUGACUGUGCCAGUGGUUGCCCUGAUUCUUGUGGUGUCGUACCAUUCCCAGAACGAUGUCCAAUGAUUGAGAGUUGCGAAUGUGAUGAAGGGUAUAUAUUACAAGGCACACAGUGUGUUUCACUUACACAAUGUAACUGUUAUGUCAAUGACAAUAUUGUUGAAUAUGGCACAAGUUACCUAACAUCAAACUGCAAAGCUGAAUGUACGUGUUAUGGUAACAAUAAAACAACGUGUAACCCUGUAACUGGAUGUGCUACCAUGUAUAACUGUGUGGAAGAAAAUGGUUUACAGUCCUGUGUGAAGACACUACAGCCACGUGUGUCUUGUACUUCGAUUGGUGGAUUACACUACACAACAUUUGAUGGCUCAGCAUUCCGUGCAUUAUCAACGUGUACAUACACUAUGGUUAGGUCCCUAGAUGGCGCUAGUGGUAUACCAUCGUUUUAUGUGGCAGUUACUUACCAGAGCGUUACAAGUUAUAAUUCGGCAGUUAAAGAAAUUCGAAUUGUAUAUGAAAACACAACAGUGGUUAUGGCUAGGCAUGGAGUAAUGAUAAACGGAAUAUAUGUGAUACCUGGUACUCAAUAUAACGGUGUGAAUGUAACACAAGUUGGUGGUGACGCUGUUGUUGUUCUGCCAUUCAAACUUGUUGUUCGAUGGAAUGGACUUGGAUUCUUACAGAUUGACGCAUGGCGGCCAUUAAUGGGCAAAAUUGAAGGGCUGUGCGGAGACUUUGACGACAACCCAAACAAUGAUUUUGUUCCAAGACCUGAUACAAGUAACACGGCAGCAUCUGUACUUCAACAUUGGGAACUUACUAAUCAAACUGGUUGUUCGAUCGCGACACCACCAGCGCCUCCAUGUGAGGGAAAUAGUUUAACGAUAGCAAGAAGCAGAUGUGACGUUUUAUUGGAUGGCACGGGACCUUUCAGUCAGUGCCAUGACCUGUUGGAGCCGCGGCACGCGUACCAGACAUGUGUAUAUCAGUCAUGUACCAGUGGUCAUGAUCCCGCUGCUGAAAUGCGAGUUAUUUCUUCAUAUGGUAAUCAAUGUAGAAACAGAGGUGGUGUACCUGGAACUUUGGAUACUACACCAGUACCAUGUCCCAUGAACAGUACAUACCAAGCAUGUGGUAUGCAGUGCCAAGCUUUAUGCACAGACAGAGAUGCUUCAUUCUGUUCUUCCAUUUCACUACUUGGCCGACAGUGUGUCUCAGGUUGCCAAUGUGAUGCUGGGUUGGUAUAUGAAAAUGGAAGUUGUGUUUCAUCCGAUUCGUGUGGAUGUCUUGCACCAUGGGGGGCUUAUAUCACUGCUGGAUCUUCGUUGGUUGAUGCUGCAUGUGGCAUAGAAUGUAAUUGUGUGUCGGGUGUUAUGACAUGUAGGAAUACUUCAUGUUAUAUGGACCAGUAUUGUGGGGCAAGGAAUGGAGUUCAUGGUUGCCACUGGAUAAACCAGUGUGAAUAUAACAAUGGUGGUUGUAGUCACUCGUGUUCUAUGCAGUAUGACGUCAUAGUAUGCAGUUGUCCGCCAAAUUACGUGUUAUCUGAGAAUGGUACAACAUGUAUGUCUAAUGGCACAACUGACACCCAAUGUGUUAAUGGUGACGGCGAAACAUACGGCCAAUGGCGACGACAGACACUUAUUGACUGGACACAAAAACUCCAGCAGUACAUGACUACAGUGAGACAAUCUUUCGACGAUCCCACAACAGCCCCACGAGUUUGCGGUUCCCAGUGGACAAUAUGGUUGGAUAGAGACGACCCUGGAGGUCACGGUGAUGACGAAAGCAGUGCAUUGUUACGUCAUGAAUACCCUCAUAUUAUGUGCGCACAACCAGUUGCAAUUGAAGCAAGACUUGUAGACGGGCGACAAGCUACAAUGUCAGGCAACAACGUUACGAUGUCGCCCGAAGCCGGCCUUAUAUGUCGCAACGAUAUCCAGCCACAUGGUAUUCGGUGCCACGAUUUCCAAGUCCGGUUCUUGUGCCUUGAAAGUUUAAUUUAAGUUUUUCCUACUUAAUUGUUGCCAUAGUGAAUACUGUGACACUUGUAUUUCUAUGUUCUUAAAAAAGAGCUUUUUUGCCUUGUGUAAAAUGCCUGUCUUUCGCCGCAGUUCUAUACGCACCAAAAAUCGCAUAUCGCCAUUAUACAGUAUAGCUUUUUGCUUUUAAAACUACCUACAUACUUAGCCAAUAGGUUCUCCAGUGGCAGUAAUAAAUAUUUUAUGCGCUGGAAUUUUAAAUCCAGAUCGAAAA